AUCUGAAUUCCUUCUCCAUCGCAUAUGUGAUGAUCCUCAGGAGAGGAACAGACAGCUCUUGACCAGGGACGGGUUUCAAGUUCUCAUCUCUUGGUACCCAUACCACUACCAGAUUCUUCUUUGUAGUCAACUUUUAAGAUCUUCUCUGAAUAUAACUUGGUGUCUGAAGAUUCACACAAGUGCCUCUGGUCGUCAUUCUCUUCGGGGAAUCACCAUCUAUCUCCCCUCUGGGCAAAGCCUCUGCUGUACUAAGCUUUGCUUUUGGAAGCAUCUCCCUGAGACCUGGUUGAAAGCAACUCUCUGGUGCUAUCCUUCUCAGCAUGGAGGUGAAGAACUUUGCAGUUUGGGAUUAUGUUGUAUUUGCAGCCCUUUUUGUCAUUUCCUCCAGCAUUGGAGUGUUCUUUGCCAUUAAGGAGAGAAAAAAGGCAACUUCCGGGGAGUUCCUGGUGGGAGGAAGACAAAUGACGUUUGGUCCCGUAGCCUUGUCUCUGACAGCCAGCUUCAUGUCAGCUGUAACUGUUCUGGGGACCCCUGCCGAGGUCUAUCGCUUUGGGGCACCCUUCCUAAUCUUCUUCAUUACGUAUGCAUUUGUCGUCAUCUUCACGUCAGAGCUCUUUCUCCCUGUGUUCUACAGGUCUGGCAUCACCAGCACUUAUGAGUACUUGCAACUACGAUUCAACAAACUAGUUCGCUAUGCAGCAACAGUCAUCUACAUUGUACAGACGAUUCUCUACACAGGAGUGGUGGUGUAUGCUCCUGCUCUGGCGCUUAAUCAAGUGACUGGGUUUGAUCUCUGGGGCUCUGUGUUUGCAACAGGAAUUGUUUGCACAUUCUACUGUACCCUGGGUGGAUUAAAAGCAGUAGUGUGGACAGAUGCAUUUCAGAUGGUUGUCAUGAUUGUUGGCUUCUUAACGGUUCUCAUUCAAGGAUCAGCCCAUGCUGGUGGAAUACACAAUGUAACAGAGCAAGCAAAAAAUGGAUCCCGACUAAAUAUAUUUGACUUUGAUGUAGAUCCUCUCAGGCGGCACACUUUUUGGACAAUCUCAGUGGGAGGAACUUUUACAUGGCUUGGAAUCUAUGGAGUUAAUCAAUCAACCAUCCAGCGAUGCAUUUCUUGCAAAACAGAAAAGCAUGCUAAGCUUGCCUUGUACUUUAACUUGUUGGGUCUAUGGAUCAUUCUGGUGUGUGCCGUCUUCUGUGGCUUAAUCAUGUACUCCCAAUUCAAAGACUGCGACCCUUGGACUUCCGGCAUGAUCUCAGCACCAGACCAGCUAAUGCCAUACUUUGUCAUGGAGUUAUUUGCCACAAUGCCAGGACUACCAGGACUUUUUGUGGCUUGUGCCUUCAGUGGAACUCUGAGCACCGUGGCUGCCAGCAUCAAUGCCUUAGCAACAGUGACCUUUGAGGAUUUUGUCAAGAACUGUUUUCCCCAUCUCUCCGACAAGCUGAGCACCUGGAUCAGUAAAGGCUUAUGUCUCUUAUUUGGUGUGAUGUGUACCUCUAUGGCCGUGGCUGCAUCCCUCCUGGGGAGUGUCGUACAGGCUUCCCUCAGCAUCCACGGCAUGUGCGGGGGACCAAUGCUGGGGUUAUUCUCUCUGGGAAUCCUAUUCCCUUUUGUGAACUGGAAGGGUGCAUUAGGAGGUCUUCUCACUGGAAUCACCUUAUCAUUUUGGGUGGCCAUUGGGGGCUUCAUUUACCCUGCACCAGCCGCUAAGACACGGCCCUUGCCGUUAUCGACAGACCAGUGUAUCCAAUCUAAUGUGACGGCAACAAUGUCUACAGUGCUAUCCAGCAGACCUGUGAUAGCCGACACCUGGUACUCGCUCUCCUACCUUUACUACAGUGCAGUGGGCUGCCUCGGAUGCAUUAUUGCUGGAGUAAUCAUCAGCUUCCUAACAGGUCUCGAAAGAGGCGAGAAUAUUCAACCACUGUUAAUUAGGCCAGUUUGCAACUUAUUUUGCUUUUGGUCUAAGAAGUACAAAACAUUGUGCUGGUGUGGAGUUCAGCAUGAUGGUGGGACUGAGCAGGAAAACCUUGAGAAUGGCAGUGCCUGGAAACAAGGAGCUGAAUCUGUCUUCCAGAAUGGACUCAGGCGAGAAAGCCUGGUCCAUGUUCCAGGCUAUGACCCCAAGGACAAAAGCUACAACAAUAUGGCGUUCCAAAUUACGCCUUUCUAAGAAAACACAUGUGUGCAUGCACACACACACACACACACAUGCACACACAUAUGUACCCUAAAUACUUCUUGCCUGUUUGUAAACUUAUGCACUCGCUAUUGCUAGAGACAAAGAUGUCCAAUGUCUAUUUAUACUUAUUUAUAACUACAAACAAAAUGGCUGCUUCUCAAGGUAUUCUUUGAAAAACCCCAAGUUUCAGGUGACAAUAAAUGUUAAACCCUAA